CCCGACCAGAGAGUUGCGAGGCCUCCGCGGUUCCUAGAAGGUGCUCCGGCGGGGACGCUCUGCUCGGCGUGAGCCAGGGGUCCGGGUGACAGGCGCUGCGACUUCCCUCGUCGCCCCCUCGCGCGGGGGUUAGCUUGGAGGCUCCGACCCGAUUCCGGGUGCCGCCUGGCACCUCCAGAGGGGAGCCCAGCCCCCAUGGCAGCCACAGAUUAACAAAUUGGAUUAUAGAUUGCUCUUCCGAAGGCUCCCUGCUCACCGCAGCUGGGCACGAUGGCUGGGUUCCUGCCCCAUGUCAGAGGCCAGGCCUUGGAAGCCAUGUUCCUGACAGUCCCGUGGAAGGAGAUGCUGACCUUCGAGGAUGUGGCCCUGUACUUCACCAGGGAGGAGUGGGACACGCUGGGCUGGGCUCAGAAGGGCGUCUACAGAGAAGUGAUGCUGGCCAAUUACAGAAACAUGGUCUCCUUGGGUAAUGAGUCCGCUUGAAGACCUGACUUUGAGUGUCUCCACAAGUCCUCAGUCUCUUAGCUGCAAUUCCAAGAGCAGAAAAAGCUCUGAAAACCAGAAGUUUUCCAUAACGUGUCUGGAUAUAAGACCCAACCUGAAGUCAUCAGGGGGAUUUCAGUUCCCCAAACCUGAGGUGAUCUGUCAGCUGGAGCAGUGGGAAGAGCCGUGGAUCCUGGAUCUACCGAGAGCUGGGACUGGGACGGCUUCCGGUAGUGCUUGCCCAGGUUCCACAGCCAGAUUCGAGGUGCAGGAGCCGACUGCAAAGCAGAACAUUUCUGAAGAUUUCGAGUCGUGUACGAUGUCGCUGGUAAAGCAGAAAACGGCCAGGAAACCUUCAGAAAAGUUACGUGAAUGUGACGAGUUUGUGGACGUGUACGGACUUGCACUCCCCACGCUCGCUGAUGAAGGCUGGCAGGCCUUCCUUCAAAACUUUAACCUCGUUCAAGACUGGGACGCUCCGGCGAGGACAAAGCAGGGCAAAUACGACGCGUGUGGAAAAGCCCCCAAGCCGAGAUCAGUGCUUCCGAGGCAGAAGCGAAUUCUCACAAAUGCAAAAUCUUACGAAUGCAGCGAAUGCGGAAAAGUCUUCCAGCGUCAGGCAAACUUUGUUCGACAUCAAAGAAUUCACAGUUCAGAGGACCCCUUUGAGUGCCACAUAUGUGGGCAAGCCUUCGGACAGAAGUCUGCUCUCACUGUCCACAAACAGUGUCACUCGCAGAAAAAGCCAUAUAAAUGCCAGGACUGUGGAAAGGGUUUCCGUCAGAUGGCGUAUCUGGUGGAACACAGGAGGAUCCAUACCAAAGAAAGGCCCUAUAAAUGCAGCGAAUGUGAAAAAACGUUCCGUCAGAAUUCAACCCUUAUUCGACACCAGUUAAUCCACAGUGGAGAGAAACCCCAUAAAUGCCUCGAAUGUGGGAAAGCCUUUGGCCGGCACUCAACCCUGAUGAGCCAUCAACAGACUCACAGCAAACAGAAGGCCCAUACGUGCAGUGAGUGUGGGGAAUCCUUUGGUCGGAAGGUAGAUCUCAUUCAGCAUCAAAGAAUCCAUACCGAGGAGGAGUUCUUUGAGUGCAGAGACUGUGGGAAGACUUUUAGUUUUAAGGCAAAUCUGCAUCGACACGAGGUCAUUCACACUGGAGAGAGACCCUACAGAUGUGACAAAUGCGGCAAGUCUUUUAUUUGGCGCACAAGCUUUAUCAAGCACCAGGGUACUCACAGAGAGCAGAUGGCUACCUGAUACCAACUGGAAAAGCUACCACUCUAAGACCAGAACGUGGCUCUUGCUGCCGGUACAUAUAACUGGGCUGUUUGGUGAAAAUAAAGAGGAACUGAAAUGGGUUUUCUGUGGGACCCUCUUUAUGUGGCUGUCCUUCUUGCUGCAGGCAAGCAUUCCUCAAUAGGGAGUUCCCUGGUAGCCUAGCAGGUUGAGGAUCCAGUGCUGUCACUGCUGUGGCUCGGGUUACUGCUGUGGCUUGGGUUUGAUUCUUGGCCCAGGAACUUCUGCCUGCCAUGGGUGCGGCCAAAAAAAAAAAGACUUCCUGGAUAGAAAUGUCGUAGGCUACUGUAUCCAGUUUCUCCAAGUCAAGGGACAUAGAAGGCACAGAAGCUUUACUCUGUGGUGCCCCAGGCUGGAGACCUUGUUCUGGAUUGUGAAUGAUUUAAGAAUGCUUUCUUGGUUUUAUAUAGGAAAAUUAUCUGCGAUUGUAUAGAUUUGUGUUUCGGGGGGGGGUGGUUCUGGCUGCAGCUGCAACAUGCAGAAGUUCCCAGGCCAGGGAUCAAACCCAUGCCACAGCAAUGACCCAAGCCACAGCAUGACAAGGCCAGAUCCUUAACCGUUAGGCCACCAGGGAACUCCUCGACUUGUAUUUUUCUUUUUAGGGCCCUCACCUGCAGCAUAUGGAGGUUCCCAGGCCAGGGGUUGAAUUGAAGCUGUAGCCGCCCACCUACACCACAGCCACAGCAACACAGGAUCCAAGCCACAUCUACAUCCUACCAACACUGCAGCUUAUUCACCCACGGAGUGAGGCCAGGGAUCAAACCGGCCUCCUCAUGGAUGCGAGUCAGGUUCUCACUCCACUGAGCUACAAUGGGAACUCCAGGUGGGAUUCCAAUGAUUACCAGAUCUCGCUCCCCUGCAGUGGAAUGUUUGUGAAGCAUGAGUUUUACACUUUUCAGAGUUUUUCCCACGGGAUGACACAUGCCCUUUGUGUGGCAGCUUCUUUAUUAGCUCUCUUCCCUUCUCUGCGUCCCUUUUAACUCCCCGACCCGUAUCUCAACACCUCUUCUCCCCACAGGUAGGCUGGUGCUGUUCAGACCCCCUCAUAGUAAUCAAAUCUCUUUUACAUUUCCUCUUGAAGUUAUUCUUUUCUCAUUCCCAGCAGUUCCAUGAUUUCUUACCCAGCACAUAAAAAACAACAGAUUUCUGUUAGCAAUGAGAAAAAAGCACACAGGCACCCCAUAAGAUAAAGGAAACUUAGCCUUUCAAGAGGAAAAUAAAUGUUAGAUUGUGUACUGGGUUAAACAUCAGUAUUUCUGUACCAGUCAGCACGAACUGGUUGGCAAGAAAGGUUGCCAAAUUGUAUUUCCCUAAAGCCAAAUUAAAAAGUCCUCUGGCCGAGGAGGAAAUGAGCCUUUGAGGGGCAGGUAGUGUUUGAGGUAUUGAUCUGGAGGCUGCUUACAUGGUGUAUGUUCAGUUUGUGAAAACUGAUUAACUUUCAUUGUAAACUGUACUUUACUAAAAAAAAAUUUUUUAAAAUGAGGGGUCCAGUGAUAUAGUGAAAGAGGCACGUCCAAAUAUCAAGAUCUUUAAAUGCCCACACCCUUUAACUUUAGUACUUACCAAAAUUAUAAUUAUUUGCUAUUUCCUUAGGAGUUGCUGUCCUGCGAGGACGGGGCUGUGUAUGUCACCAGAGAGAAGUAGAAAGACUUGAACUUGAUUUAGAAGGGUAUCCACAGGAAUGUGAUGCUGGAGAAUUAGGGUACCAGGACUUGCUGGGUCAGGACCCUCUGUCCUUACAAUUCGGCCUGUGUAUGUCUGGAUACCUAUGCACAGUUUCAUGUAGAUACUUAUAUGUAAAAUGUACAUAUAUAAAUUUACAGUGCCUGUGUACAUAAAUGUCCAAAAUCCCUUUUUUUUUUUUUUUUUUGGUCUUUUUUCUUUUUUAGGGCCACACUCGCAGCAUAUGGAGAUUCCCAGGCUAGGGGUCAAAUCAGAGUUACAGCUGCCGGCCUACGUCACAGCCACAGCAGCACCAGAUCUGAGCUGCGUCUGCGACCUACAGCACAGCUCACAGCAAUGCCAGAUCCUUGACCCACUGAGCAAGGCCAGGGAUUGAACCCAUGUCCCCACGGGUGCUAGUCAGAUUCGUUUGCGCUGAGCCACGAAGGGAGCUCCCACAAUCCCUCUUUUUCAAAUUCACAGUUUAAAAACUCUGUGAGGGUUUGGGUGGAGAAGCCAUUGUCUUCAGAAACACUGAUGUAGUUGAACUGACAGUUACUGUGUUGGGACCUGGCAUUCACCCUUAAAAGGGCCACCCAAGUGAAGUCAUGGGGCUUUGGUUUUUUGUUUUUUUUUUUUUGGUUAUUAAUAUGAUUGUUGGCACAUCCUAGGCAGUAUAGCUAAAUGGAAUUAUGAGAGCGAUGGGAAUGAAGCUUGUGUAUCAUCCAUUAUCAUGCGUCAUCAGAAAACGAUUUAAUACUCUCAAAAAAAAAAUCUCUGAGGGCAAACAUGUUUUCUCAUAAUCCAUUUGGUUAGAAAACAUGAGCUAAGCUGAACUCAUCUGCUGGGGAACUGAAAACUGUUUAUCCCAAUUAGUGGAUAUACUCAAACAUUUUGUUCCAGAAAUGUUAAUGUGUUAGGUUAUGGAGUACUACCCCAAACCCCUAAGAGGGGUUAUGCAACAUACUUCACCUUUCUAAAAACGGAAACAGUUUGGUUUCUCCAACACACAGGCCGCAAGGAAUAUAGAUGUGGGCCCCUUAGAGGGGCAUGUGUCACAUUUAUGAUGAGUGGCAGCACCACUACUGGACUGACAAUAACACCCCAGUCCCAAGAACGAACUUUCCCACUGCCAAGUGGAAGCCCUGAUUAAAGGGAAAA